GUUCCGAUUAUUGUUUACAAGUUGUCAUGCGAUAAACUAUAGCUAUACUGUCAACAACAGUCACCUACGGAUAACACCGUAUAGACUUUGUUGAGAUGACCUGAAAAAUGUCUUCUCCAAAAAGACAGCUUUCAAAGGGAUUAUCCAAUAAUAAAUGGAUGAAACUAUGGAAAAAAUGGCAAAGAAAGGAUGUUACCUUGGUGAAUGAAAAUCACCGCCGCCACAGUGCCCUGGAGUGCAUCAGGGAGGGAAUCCGGGACUUGUUUGACAAACAUCCAGAGCUGGGGAUUAAGGAUUACUUGACAGAAGACGAUUUUUGCCAUGUUCACAGUAAGAAAAUUCGGACGAAACACGGACAGAAAUUUAGAUUCCGGAGCUAUGCCAGCUCUGUGUUUGCUUGCAUUAGGAGGGCUGUGUCUGUUUCCGACGAGGAUUUUCUGUCAUCAAUGGCUCCAGAGGAUGGACUGGAGUAUUUGGAGUUUUUCAGCAAUUCUAGAAGUGGACAGGAUUUUUAUCUCAGUCAUGAUCAACAGUUCAUCCUGAAAACUGACAAGAAAUACCAUCUGGAAUUCUUUAUGACAAUUCUUGGGGACUAUUUGAUGCAUUUCCAGAAUUAUCCUCACUCGCUCAUAGUCAAAUUUUUAGGACUCUAUUCAGUCAAUGUCUCCGGUCAACCCAAGGUGUAUUUUCUUGUGAUGCAGAACGUGUUUUUCCCUGUGGAACGAAUUGAAGUACGGUUUGAUUUGAAAGGUUGUUAUGGUGGAAGGUAUCAAAAGCCCUAUUCAGAAGAAAAGGGAGUACUCCAUGUCCUGAAGGAUCAGAAUUUUCAUUGUCAGAGCAUUGACUUAGGAACUCAGCGAGACUGGUUUGUGCGUCAGUUACACAAUGAUGUUAAUUUUCUGCGAGGCCUAGGUGUACAAGAUUACAGUCUGUUGUUUGGUCGUCACGAUCUCCAUGUUGAUGAUCAGCAGACAACAUUUGGAAACCUUGUGACCAGACUGAGAAAGUCUUUUGCCAAACGACAAUCAUCAUCCAUUUUAGCUGCACGUCGUGGGCAUAAUCAUGUUCAUCCUACAGACACCAUUCCUGAGGAAGCAGACGACUCAUCUGGACAAACACAAGAGGAAACGAAUAAAACCGUCACAGCAGUUAAACAAAGGACUAUUACACGUACCAGUCUAGGCAGCUUGCUGGAGUCUUCAUCGCUAAAUACGGAUUCUGCAAACAGGAGACUCCUUCCUGAAUGCAAGAACCCCUUGCAUGUAAUUGAUGGAACUCAUGAAAGAUAUUACAUGGGGAUCAUUGACUUUUUUACACAGUAUGAAUGCAAACAACAAGUUGCUCGAGUCCUGAAAGUCUUUAAGAAUUGUACUGGUGAUCAUUCAACAGUACCACCAGAUAAGUAUGCUGACCGAUUUCUGAGAUUCAUUGAGGAGAGGACAGUCUAGCUUGUUAAUGAUGUUAUAGGAGAAAUAACUGCAAUAAUUAUGUCUCCCCCGCCUUCUUCCAGGGGGAGAUGAUUUUUUUUUUAUUGUACUUUAAGUCCGUUCCUCUGUCUGUCACAAAAUCUUGUAAAUGCUUCUCCUCCUGCAUGGCUUAUCAGAUAGACUUGAAACUUUGCACAGUGCUUCAUUGUCAUUUGUAGAUGUACAUAUUGUUGGAACAAGAGGAUCCAAUUAUUUUCCUAAUAGUUAUAGUGGAUAUAUGAGAGGUGGGGCAAAAUAGCUUGUGAACAUUUCUCCACCUAUAUGGCUUAUCAGAUAAACUUGAAACUUUGUACAAUGCUUCAUUGCCAUUUCCAGAUGUGCAUAUUGUCAGGACAGGAGGAUCUAAUUGCUAUCCUCAAAAUUAUAGUAGAUCUUAAAAAGAGGUGAAAGGUGUAAAAUAGCUUGUGAACACUUCUCCUAUAUGACUUCUUGGAUAGCCUUGAAAUUUUGUACAAUACUUUCAAGAGAUUAUCAUUUAAUGAUGUUCACAUUGUUCUAACCCAGGGAUCUACAUUAUCUUAAAAUUUACAGUGGAUCAGAGAGGAGUGUUUUAUCGCUUUUUUCCAUGUACAUGGGUUCACUUUCCUACUGGCACUUCAGCAUAACAGUCAGUGUUUUCAUAUCAUAUUAUUACGACAUUGGUCACAUUGAUGUUGAAUCUUUCCCUCAAAACACAAAGUGCAGUUCAUAAUGUCUAUGUUUCUGCUCAUAUUUUCUCCCCCAUACCAUGCAGUAUAUGAAGGGGACGAGGUGUAAAUUGGAACAAUUUCAAUUUGGGGAGCUGGGGAGACAUUUGUUUUUAACAAAAACAAAUUUUAUCUUAUGAUAUGGUAGCAGUCCAUGUACAUGUAAGUUGACAAGGAACCAAUUUGCUCAACUUCUAAAUUAUUCUAUAUUUUAUUUACAUUUUACUGAUGAACUGUUUUAUUGUCUUUAGUAAUCAUCAAUCUCUAACUCUGACAAUCGUUUACUCAUGACCUAUUCAUCACACAAUGUAUUACUACUAUCCCGAGAAAAACCUUACAUGGCUUCAUCCAAAGAAUGUGCAAUCAGUUGAAAGACAAGCUGUUCAAAUUUUCCUGUUACUGGUAGUUUGACAGAGGGCAAAUCCAUCUCCAGUAGAUCAAGGCCUAAACUGAAACUGAGGUGUGAAGUUUUAGAAAUCAGCCCUUCCGUUAACAUCCCAUUAGUCGAGUUUAUCUUACAGAAUGUGUGAACAUCUCAAGUCUUUUUGCAAGUGUUGCUAUGAAUUUUUUAUACAAACAUAAGCAUCAAAUUUGUUUCAGCACUUGAAAUCAUAUAUUGUUUAUUUUUUAUGUACCAGUACUAAUACACAAUGUCAUACACUGUAAAGUUGGACUUACAAAUCAGGUCAAACUAAACUGCUACAAUUUGAAAGCUUUGUAUUUUGUGUAUUUUUUAAUGAAUGAUGUCUUGCUUGUACUUGGAGUGUCGAUUUUCUAUGCAGAUUAUGUAGAAUUUAAACAUAGUAUGUAUUAAACAUUUAUGAACAUGAA